UACAACCGUACAACAUUUAUGGAGGUUGUGUACAACUUUUUAUAGUCUAAGGAAUAUGGAUGGUGUUCAUGUUCAACCACAAGUCACAACCAAUUCUGUUGCUUCUAAAUAUAAAAGUACCAGAUAUUUUCUAUUAACUAUUCUUUCAAUUUUUCACUUUCCAAAUUAAAAUAAAUGAAAAAAAUAGCAUGUCGCCUGAUUUUGAUUACCUUAAAAUAAAAACGUAUAAUUUUAUUUGUUGCUGAUUCGUAAAUUACAAUGUUCCACAUUCAUUUCAUAUAGACAUUAGACAAUGUUACUGUUAAGUGUUAGGUAAAUAACCAUUUAAUUGAUUGUGACACUAAUUAUUUUUAUACUAUUACAGUAGGUACAUAAACUUUAUCUGCUUAGCUUGAUAGGAAAUUUAUGUUGUUGAUAUAUAAAAUUACAUAUGUACUUACAUAUUAUUAUAUCUUUGUUAAUUACAUUUUAUCUUAAUAACACUGUAAAGCCAUGACAUUUAGUACAGUCUAGAGUCAUCAGUUUAAAGUUUAUCUUUGUAGGUACAUAUCAGUGGAAUAUUUUUUUUGGUUUUAAAAAUACGAAAAUACGACGUUCACUUGGGAAAGUAUUUUACUGAACUGAAUACAGAAUUUAAGAAGACCAUUAAACAGCACAUUUUGAUAGAAUGGAUCAAGAUAUAUUCUUUAUUGGAGUAGAUGUGGGAUCUGGAAGUGUACGUGCAGCCCUUGUUAAUGAAAAGGGAAGUGUAAUAAGAAGCUCUGUAAAAAAUCUUAAAACCUGGAAACUUAAACCUGGUUUUUAUGAACAGUCAUCAGAUGAUGUGUGGCAAUGCUGUGAAUAUGUCAUCAAGGAUAUUCUAACAGGUAUUAAGCCUCAACAAAUAAAGGGAUUAGGGUUUGAUGCAACUUGUUCUUUAGUAGCACUAGAUGGUAAUGGAAACCCUAUAAGUGUAAGUGAAACAGGUAAUAAUGACCAAAAUAUAAUUAUGUGGAUGGAUCACAGGGCACAUGAAGAAGCAAGUUUAAUAAAUAAAACUGGACAUGAAAUACUCAAAUAUGUGGGAGGUAAAGUUAGCUUAGAAAUGGAAAUACCUAAACUACUCUGGUUGAAGAAACAUUUACCUCAAGUAUGGUCAAAGUGUGGAUAUUUCUUUGAUUUACCAGAUUUUCUUACUUGGAAAGCAACUGGUUCACAGACACGGUCAUUAUGUUCAUUGGUGUGUAAAUGGAAUUAUGAAUGUUUAUCAAGUGGUGAACAUGGCUGGAAUGCCAAUUUUUUAAAUGAGGUAGGGCUUGGAGAUUUAUUGGAAAAUGACUUUGUUAAAAUUGGCAAGAAAGUUUUAAUGCCAGGUGAAUUUUGUGGGGGCUUGUUACCUAAUGUUGCAACAUCCUUUGGAUUGCUAGUAAAUACACCAGUAGCGACAUCUAUUAUAGAUGCCCAUGCUGGUGGAUUAGGAAUGAUUGGAACUGUGGGAGAAAACAUUGAUAGUAAAAUGUCAAGUCGUCUUAGCUUAAUUUGUGGUACCUCUACAUGUCAUAUGGCAGUAAAUAAAAAUCCCAUAAUGGUAAAUGGAAUAUGGGGACCAUAUUUUAGUGCAAUGGUGCCUAACAUGUGGUUAAAUGAGGCUGGACAAAGUGCCUCUGGAAUGCUCUUAGAUCAUGUAAUAUCAGGCCAUCCUGCUGGUAUUGAAUUAUUGAAAACAUAUUCCACUGGAAAUCUGCGGAGCCAUUUAAGACAGGUGCUUAGUAAAAUGGCAAAGGGCAAAGGCUAUCAAGAUGUAAGCUUACUAACCAGAGAUUUCCACAUGUGGCCAGAUUUUCAUGGAAAUCGAUCUCCACUAGCGGAUCCCACACUAGCUGGAAUGAUUGUGGGGCUGAAAAUUGAUAAUAGUGAAGAAAAUUUAGCACUCCUCUAUUUGGCAACCCUGCAAGCUCUUGCUUAUGGAACAAGACAUAUUAUUGAAGCACUAAUGCAGGCUGGAUAUGAACCAUUUAAAUCACUAUUAAUUUGUGGAGGUUUAGCUAAAGAUCCUCUCUUCAUUCAAAUACAAGCAGACACAGUUGGAUUACCUAUUUUGAAGCCACUUGAAAAAGAGUCAGUUUUAGUUGGCUCUGCUAUAUUGGGUGCAUGUGCGUCCCAAUACUUUAAUAAUGUUGAAACAGCAAUUCAAAAUAUGGGUGGUAAAUCUCAUGUCAUACAACCUACUUUAAGUAUAAAAUCAUUUCAUGACAAGAAGUUCAAAGUUUUUAUUCAACUGUUUCAAGAUCAGAUAAAGUAUAGAAGCAUAAUGAACUAAGGUGUAACAUUAAUUAUAACUGUUAUAAUGUUGGUAGGAAUAAAAUUUUAUUAUAUUUUGUUACAUUAA